AAAAAUUCGGUUAAAUGGAAAUUCAAGUUAAUUUAAAUUCGAUUAAACGAAAAUUACAUCACCGGAAUAUUUGAACAAAUGAAAUUUUUGGGGUUUAUUUAUGCACCUGGGAGAUUUAAGUGUAUAGGAAAGAAGUCGACUACACGUAAAGAUUGACUGAGGCGCUAGUGUAUUCAAAAUUCCGAGUUCCGACCACCUGAUGACUAUAGGUAUAGAUAGUAUUCAUCAUGUCAUAUCAUACAUUCAAUGCAUUGAGCUGAGCUCUGUGUCCGGUGUGUCGAACUCUCAAGUCGCGAACAUAACAAGGUUAUAUUUAUUGAUUAUUACUUCCCCAUAUAAUUACUUGUGUACUUUUGAGAGUUCGCGUUAUUCAAAUAUUGAAAAAAUAUAAGUAAACAUUUUUUAACGAAGUAAUAGUAAUGUAGGAAUCAUGGUUUUUAACACAACCACUGAUAUGACUGCAUCUAUAUAUCAUGAGCGACAGGUUAAAGAACUAUGCGCAUUACAUGCUUUAAACAAUUUAUUUCAAGAACGAGGCUUCAGCAAGCAAGAACUAGACCAAAUUUGUUACAGUUUAAGUCCAGACGUAUGGAUAAAUCCUCACAAAUCUUUGCUUGGUCUUGGCAAUUAUGACAUUAACGUUAUUAUGGCAGCAUUGCAAAGAAGAGGCUGUGAAGCUGUUUGGUUUGAUAAGCGAAGAGAUCCAAGUUGUCUAUGUCUUAAAAACAUCCAAGGUUUUAUAUUAAACGUUCCAACGGAAUAUAAAUUAGGAUUUGUAUUGUUGCCAUUGAAAAGACGUCAUUGGGUUGCUCUUAAAAAAAUUGACGGUGCUUUCUACAAUUUAGACUCCAAAUUAGAUGCUCCUCAACUUAUCGGAAAGGAUUCUGAAUUAUUGGCUUACCUAAAAGACCAAAUAGACAGUAGAGAAAAAGAAUUAUUUCUGGUUGUUUCAAGAGAAGUGGACAGUAAUCAAGGUUGGUUAUGUGAAGCAGGACAGAUGAAGGAAUGCUCAGAAGUUGAUAGGCAUUCUAUUACGUAUAUAGAAGAUGGAUUUUCUUCGAACAUUGAUUUAAAAAAGUCGGUUCCUGAAGUUAUUUUAAAUGAUAAUGAACACUUUCAAAAUAACCAAAUUUCUAGAUAGUCCUAAUGAAUUUCUUUUUUUUAUAUCUAAAUUUCAGUGAAAAUGAUAGUAAAAUAUAACAGCGACAAUAGAGCAAAGAAUUUAACAAGUUAAAUAAACAGGACAUAUGGCGAUCAGUAUUUAGCACAAAAAGUGGAAAGUAAGUGGAUAAUUCCUGCAAUACUGGCGUCAAAUUUAUUUGCACAAAAUUAAAUUGGUGCACUUUUUGUAAUACGUCGAAAAUGACGUCGAAAAUUUUAUAUGUGUUGAUAACGGCAAUGUAAUGUCGCUAAUAGCUAUAGUUUAUUUUAGCUCUUUAUAUGUAUACUAUACUUAAACAAAUUUUUUACAUAAGAUACCAUUAUUUCCCAGAAAAAAUAUGUCUAAUUGUAACUUUGUCAUAAUUGAUUCAAAAGCUGAUUUGUGUUCUCCAUAAACACCCCACGUAACGAUCCAUUUCAAAAAAAUUUUCAUAUCAAAGUUCUAACGUCUGAAUAAUAUAGUUUAUUUGCUUGCAACAAUCCAAUCUUGCUGUAUUGAACUACAAUAAUUCUAUUGUUCAAAAUUGCUAAUGGGUUGGAAGUCUGUAGCUUAUUACAACCCCCACAGCACCGAAACUUUCCUAAAAAUUUAUUAAAUAUUUACUUGCAAUAUUCGGAAUAUUUAAUUGCUAUGUUUAUUGAAAGUUGUGUACAGAUUUAAAUGUCCCGAUUAAAUAAAUGUUUAGCGCGAAGCUUUCCUGAACAUUUCCUGAACAUGAAAUUACAUCUUCGCAUAAUUAUAAUUAUGCGAUUUUUAGGAAAGUUUCGGUGCUGUGGGGAAAAUAACAAAACCAUUUUGAAUUUUAGAAAUCUGGCUAGUAUUUCAAAAAUGGCCUAAAGCCAUUGAAAACGACUUUUUUACCUUUAAUCUGCGUAUAAUUAUAAAAUGUUUCUCGAUCAAAUUUAUAAUGAAGAAAAGAAGUGUGGCCUACUUAAGAAAGUAUGCCUUGUAUUUCCUUUCUAAAUUUGAAAUUAAAAAAAUUUUAUUGAUUUUAAAUAUAUUUUAACCCGUUAUCUAUAAAAGUUUAUAAAACGAAAUCGAACUAAGCAGAAGAAAUUAAAUCUGCAAAUACAUAACUGUUCUGAACUAACAGAUGCACUGUUGUAUACACAGAUACCUACACCGUUCAUUCUAAAAGCGUUAAAAAUAAUUAACAUUUCUGGAGUUUAUUCUGAAAUGUUAACAUUAUUUUCAAAAAUUCAGUUUCCUAAAGACAUAGGUAUAAAUGAAAUUAUACAUGUACGUACGAUAACCGCAAAUUGAAAAGCAUAAUUUAAUAGUGUUAUAUGCAGCAAAAUAACUUAUUUCAUGUAUUAUACGAGGUAUCUCAGAAAGAAGAGGUGAAUUGAAAUGAAAACUCCCCUUUAGCAUAAAUAAUUCAACACUGUCCUUUAGAAUCAUGAUUCAGUUCACGAAUAGAAUGAAAUGAAAGCAAGAAUUGAGUAGAAUUAUUCUAUUUACAAAAUGUAAUUACUGUAAUUAUUGGAAUUGAUGUACAUUUAUUUGUACUGAAUUUUUUACAGUAAAACUAAAAUUAAUUUAACGAAUUCAAUUGGUAAAUGAAUUUUUAUAUACAUUUUUCAUAAAUGUAUAAAUAUUAAUAUAUUUAAAAGAAACUCAGAUAGCAUGUAAUGUUGCAAAAAUCUUGCGGGAAGCUUACCGGGAAAGUUUUGCAAGCUUCAAAUUUUUCAACGUGUAAACUGAUAUUUAACCAUUUCGUGCUCCCGGGAAACUCAGCGAGUGGAUUUUGUUAAAACUUGUGAUUUGAAAGUUUUCGAAGUCAUUGAUUACGAAUCUAAAGUCAGAUUUAAAAAAAUUAAAAAUUGUGACCCCGAAAACCACAGAAUAACAAGUUUUAACGUUUUAAGUGAAUUUGAUAAAUUUUGAAAAAAUGACCGCCAUUUUGAAUU